AUGCCCGUGGAGCUGGGGCAGGCUCCAGUCCUGCCGCCGCCAAGCCCUUGGGCCAAGCCCAAGGAGUCCGCGUUCUCUGGACCAGAUGACACCCCUCGAGGGGAGCCGUCCAGCCCUGAGACUGCACGCCAGCUUUUCAGGCAGUUUCCUUACCAGGUGAUGUCCGGGCCCCACGAAACCCUGAGACAACUUCGGAAGCUCUGUUCCCAGUGGCUGCAGCCAGAGGUUCACACCAAGGAGCAGAUCCUAGAGAUCCUGACGUUGGAGCAGUUCCUGACCAUCCUGCCCGGGGAGAUCCAGAUGUGGGUGCGGAAGCAGUGUCCAGGCAGCGGGGAGGAAGCAGUGACCCUUGUGGAGAGCUUGAGGGGGGACCCCCAGAAGCUGUGGCAGUGGAUCAGCAUCCAAGUUCUGGGACAGGAAGUCUUAUCACAGAAGGCGGAGCCUGAAAGCUGCCCACUGCGGGAAGCGGAGGCCCAUGUUGAAGUGCCUCAGGAGCUGGGGCUUCAGAACUCAGCCUGCCGGUCUGGGGAGCCACUGAGCCACAUCGUGAAAGAGGAGUCCGACUCGGAACAAGGACUAGCCCUGGCUGCCUCCCCACUUCCUGCCCGACCCGAGGAAAGGCUCAUCAGAGACCAAGACUUUGGAGCCUCCCUUCUCCACACAGCACCUCAGGAGCAGUGGAGGCACCUGGAUUCCACUCAGAAGGAGCAAUACUGGGAUCUCAUGCUGGAGACUUACGGGAAAAUGGUCUCAGGAGGCAUUUCCAAUCCCAAGCAUGACCUGACUGAUCCAGCUGGGUUUGGGGCAGAGCUGACAGGACCACACCUACACAUCAGCGAGAAGAUCCCAAGACCCACCUGCACAGGGGACAGACAGGAGAAUGACAAAGAGAACUUAAACUUGGAGAACUACAGGGACCAGGACCCUCAAGCCUCAGGAGAGCCUCCUCAGACUUCCUUGAGUGGCCUCUUCAGCAAGGAUGAGCCAAGAUGCUUUGGAGAAGGAGAGAAUCUCCCCGAGGCCCAGGAGAACCUUCAUGGUGAGGGGACAGGGGCGCAGCUCUCUCCCCGAGAGAGGAAUUCCGGGACACAGCUGGGUCAGCAUCUGCCACCUCUUCCCGGAGAGCCGUCCACGCCAUGGCUGGAGGGGAAGAGAGAGGCCUCCCCGCGACGGCAGCCGAGAGCCCCCAUGGCCCAGAGACUCCCUACCUGCAGGGAGUGUGGGAAAGCCUUCUACCGGAAUUCCCAGCUGGAUUUUCACCAAAGAACUCACACUGGAGAGACGUACUUUCAGUGCCCCACCUGCAAAAAAGCCUUUCUGCGGAGUUCAAACUUCGUGAAGCAUCAGCGAAUCCACACGGGCGAGAAGCCCUGCAAGUGUGAUACGUGUGGGAAGGGCUUUAGCGACUUCUCGGGGCUGCGCCACCACGAGAAAAUCCACACGGGGGAGAAGCCCUAUAAGUGCCCCAUCUGUGAGAAGAGUUUUAUUCAGAGAUCCAACUUUAAUAGGCAUCAGAGGGUUCACACAGGAGAGAAACCCUAUAAGUGCUCCCGCUGUGGGAAAAGUUUCAGCUGGAGCUCAAGCCUUGCCAAACAUCAAAGAUCCCAUUUGGGAAAGAAGCCCUUUCAAUAG